AUGGAAGUCAUUAAUCAAAACGGGGAUAUAGUAAGUAGUAUUUUUCUUAAUCCAAAUAUUUGGCAGAAUACUCACAAAACUAAAAAUAAAAGUGAGGUUAAAAAAACUACUAAAAAGUGGCGUCGCCAGAAAGGAACUGGUAUGGCACGACAAGGUCCAAGGAGCAAUCCUCACUUUGUUGGUGGAGGCGUGGCUCAUGGACCACGAGGCGAAAAAAAGUCCCCUCUUGUUACCAACAAAAAAGUCAAAAAAAAGGCUUUACAAUUACUGCUAAGUGAAAAAAUACGCCGUAAGGAAAUAAUUGUUGUUGAAAAGAUUAUCCUCGAAAAUUACAAGACGAAAGAGGCCGAAAAAAUACUUGUCAAUUUGCUGAACAAAAAAGUUAGUAGUUUAGUUAUUUUAGGAAAAAAAGAGGAAAAUAAAAAAGAACUGGUUCGGGCUUUUCGUAAUUUGCCUUAUGCCCAAAUUACUGAAAGUCAGAAUAUUAAUGUUUUCCAAGUUCUAACCCCUCGUUAUCUUGUUUUCACCCAAAAUGCCUGA